GAAAAACCAAACCCAAAAUGGCGAAUGUAACUCGUCAGUUCCUCCUCCUCAACCCCCAUCACUACCACCCUCAGGCCACCCUUAAAAGUUCCUUUCUAUUAUCCAAGCUUCCUCGCUCUGCCUCAGGCUCAGGCUCAGGCUCAGGCUCAGGCGCUCGUUAUGCCCCUCGCUCUCGCAAUUUCUCCACCACUCCACUCCUUUGUUCCCUCUCUCAUCCACUCCCUCAGAGUUCGGAUGCUGGAGCGAAUGCAUCCAUUGUUGGGGAUUUACUGGACUAUCUCAAUGAGUCAUGGACUCAGUUUCACGCCACGGCUGAAGCAAAACGACAACUAAUUGCUGCUGGUUUUCAUUUAUUGAAUGAAAAUGAUGAAUGGGACCUCAAACCGGGCGGCCGCUAUUUCUUUACACGAAAUAUGUCUUGUUUGGUUGCAUUUGCUGUUGGAGAAAAAUACAAGGUUGGCAGUGGCUUUCACGUGAUUGCUGCUCACACAGAUAGCCCAUGCCUAAAAUUGAAACCCAAAUCAGCAUCAUCCAAGGCUGGUUAUUUAAUGGUCAAUGUGCAGACAUACGGAGGUGGUUUAUGGCAUACUUGGUUUGAUAGAGACUUAACAGUGGCAGGAAGAGUCAUAGUGAGAAAUGGCAAUGAUUCCUUUGUACAGAAACUUGUGAAAGUGCAGAAACCUUUACUGCGAAUACCCACACUUGCCAUUCAUCUUGACCGCACAGUGAACAAGGAUGGAUUUAAACCAAAUCCAGAGACUCAUCUAAUUCCGUUACUUGCAUCAAAAUUGGAGACAUCUCUGGACUCAACAGAUAAGAAUUCUACAUCUUCUAAAGAUGCUCAUCAUUCAUUACUUAUGAAGGUUUUGUCAGAUGAGCUUAGUUGUGAAGUUGAUGACAUAAUGGAUAUUGAGUUGAGUAUUUGUGAUACUCAACCAAGCUGCCUUGGUGGGGGAAACAAUGAAUUUAUUUUUUCGGGAAGACUAGAUAACCUUGCUUCAAGUUAUUGUGCUUUAAGGGCUCUCAUUGAUUCUAGUAAAUCUAGCAGUGAUUUAUCAAGUGAACACGCAAUCCGGAUGGUUGCUUUGUUUGAUAAUGAGGAGGUGGGUUCAGAUUCAGUUCAGGGGGCUGGUGCUCCAACCAUGUUUCAGGCCAUUAGACGCAUAAGUAGUGGCCUAACAGAUUCAUAUGCUGGUGAAGGUGCUUUUGAGCGCACAAUUCGCCAAUCAUUUCUUGUUUCUGCAGAUAUGGCUCAUGGAGUUCACCCAAAUUUUAUGGAUAAGCAUGAAGAAAACCACCGACCAAUGAUGCAAAAGGGACUUGUUAUCAAGCACAAUGCUAACCAGCGGUAUGCUACUAGUGGAAUCACAUCAUUUCUCUUCAAAGAAGUUGGGAAGAUUCAUAACCUUCCAAUUCAGGAAUUUGUGGUGAGAAAUGAUAUGGGGUGUGGAUCAACUAUAGGUCCUAUUCUUGCUUCUGGGGUUGGCAUCCGUACUGUUGACUGUGGAAUUGCGCAACUUUCCAUGCACAGUGUGAGAGAGAUAUGUGGAAAGGAAGAUAUUGAUAUUGCUUACCAGCAUUUCAAGGCAUUCUACAAUACUUUCUCAAGUAUUGACAGGAAGCUGAAUGAAGACUUGUAAGUUUUCAAGACAAUCUACAAAACAUUCUAAAGUAUUGACAGGAAGCUGAAUGCAGACUUGUAACAAGAAUUCUAGUUGAAGCAAAGAUACAAUCGAUUCUUUGUUUGGAGAUUGUUCUCACCCAAGGAAUAUGGUUUUCAACAAUGUAAAAUGGACUUUGAUCAAGAUUUGCUGAAUUUGAUCAAACCCGUGGAGGAAGUGGAGCUAUCGUCACUUUCACUGUUAGGAUUUUGACUGGAGGUUGCGCUGGACAGCUUGUGUUUCAGCUCGGUCAGUAAAGCUUGGUUCUCCUUAUUGAGUCUUUGAGCUUUCUUCCUCAACAGUUCAUUUUGCUGGAUUAUGUAACAAUUCUGCAAAUACAGCUCCGAGUUCACCUUAUCCAUUUGAGACUGCUCUGAACCUUGAAUUAUAAAACAAAAUUAUGUUAUCAAAUAAAAAUCAUUGUUGGUAGUAAACAA